AUGCCGAAAGUGUAUAAAUCUGCCCACCAAGGGGUCCCCUACCAUGCUGUAAGUACGGGAGACGAUCCUGGAUGCUAUCAGUUACAUAGACCCUCAGAAUGCCGGCUUAAGUUCCCGGACACAAACAAACCCAUCCACAAAUGCGAGUUACCGCAGAAGGAGUUUGUGACGGUGCCUCAAAUCGAUGGCUGGAGACGCCUCCUAGUCCCAAGCACUAAGCCUAAUUACUAUCCGGCUGUUAUGCAUAAAACUGAGUUUGAAAGACUGAAGAAACAGGCCAAGAUAGUAACUCAAGAAGAACAAAUUGCAGCCCUUCAUGCACAAGAGGAGGCUGUUCAGAAGGCGGCUAAGGAAUCCGAAAAUAGGAAGAAGAUGCUCAAGGCUAAACUGCAAGUUCAGCCAGGUGCUGACUCGGCCACGGGGCAAGCCGACCCUGAACUCGAAGGGCCUGACCAAGCUGCGCAUACCAUAUCGAGAGCUGAGAUGCUCUUGGCUGAUAACAUGCAGGGUCCCCGUCUGUGCAACCGCAUAAUCCUUGCGUCCAAAUGCCACGCCAUAAGGGACGCCCAGAUAACAGAGAAAGAGCUGAUCCAGAAAGAGAUGGACGAAGAGGAACGGCGACUUGAUGCCAUAAUGGAAGAGAAUCGUCAAGCUGCUGUCAACCGCGAAGAGGCAGACGAGGACAGGCGCCACAACUUGAGGCUGCAAAACCUUGCAGCUUUGAAGGAACAGAUCCAAGCUCAUGCGACUGCCAAGAUAAUGGAAGCAGAACGCAUAGAAGAAGAGAGCAUCCGCGUAAAUCAAGCCAACAUUGCCAUGCAGAUCGACGAGGCGCAAAAACUCAGAGAGAAACAUCACCGCCAAGCCAAGCUUAAGGAGAUGUUGGACCAAGGUAAUGCGGAGCUUCUGUACUACAAGCAACUCCAGAACGAAGAGGAUCGCAUCAUGGAUCUUCGCAUCUCAAACUUCCUGAAGCAGAAGAUGGCGCGCGAGUCCCGCAACAGAGCUGAGGCUGAAGCCAUCAAGGCUGCUAAGCAGAAAGGGAUCGAUCAUAUUGCUAAAGCUCAAAAGGCUGAGCAAGAACUUAAAGAGGAGUUGGAGCGCAUCCGUAACCUCAAGAUCCAGGAGGACGUCGAACGUGAGUACCGCCGCAAAGAGAGAGAUGCUGCCAUCAGGAGAAACAAGGAGAUGAAACAUCUGCACGAGGCCAGGGUCCAACAGAUUAAAGAUAUCCACCGCCUGAUUGCGCGCGAGAUAGCCAAAGACGAGCAGAACUUCAACAACGCGGCGAGGCAGAACGAGGAGUUCAUCCAGAAAGAGAAACAGUUGGACGACAAACGCAAAGCCCGCAUCGAGAAGCACCGACAGGAGAUCAUGAAACAGAUUAAUGACAAAGAACGCGCCAGAGCUGAGCUUCGCGAGAAGAUCCACAACGAGGGUGUGGCGCUCCGCAUGGAGCAAGAUCAACAGGAGAAGUAUGAGAGGAGAAUCAUCAAAGAGAAGGUGGCUGCAAUGAGAACUCAGAAGGUAUCAGAGAAGUACGUGAAAGAAGUUGAACAAACACUCACAAAACACGGAUAUAAGCAGUGA